UGCUCCCCGGCCCCUCCUUCCGCGCGCUUCUUCCGGGCCGGCUGGAGCGGGGGCAAGGCCAUGGCUCUCUGGGCGCUGCUGAGCCCUGGGGUGCUGGUGCGGACUGGGCACACCGUGCUGACCUGGGGAAUCACGCUGGUGCUCUUCCUGCACGACACCGAGCUCCGUCAGUGGGAAGAGCAAGGAGAGCUGUUCCUGCCCCUCACCUUCCUGCUCCUGGUUCUGGGCUCCCUGCUGCUCUAUCUGGCUGUGUCACUCAUGGACCCGGGCUAUGUGACUACACAUCCCCAACCGCAGGAGGAACCUAAGGAGGAACAGACAGCCAUGGUUCCCCAGGCUAUCCCACUUCGGCGUUGCAGAUACUGCCUGGUGCUGCAGCCCCUGCGAGCCCGACACUGCCGUGACUGCCGCCGCUGUGUUCGCCGCUAUGACCACCACUGUCCCUGGAUGGAGAACUGUGUGGGUGAACGCAACCACCCGCUCUUCGUGGCCUACCUAGCGCUGCAGCUGGUGGUUCUCCUCUGGGGCCUGUACCUGGCGUGGUCGGGUCUCCGGUUCUUCCAGCCCUGGGGGCUGUGGCUCCGGUCUACCGGGCUCCUGUUUACCACCUUCCUGCUGCUUUCCUUCUGCUCACUGGUGGUCAGCCUGCUCCUGGCCUCACACCUCUACCUGGUGGCCAGCAAUACUACGACCUGGGAAUUCAUAUCUUCACACCGAAUUGCCUACCUCCGCCAGCGCACCGGCAACCCCUUUGACCGAGGUCUGACUCGAAACCUGGCCCACUUCUUCUGUGGGUGGCCCUCUGGGCCCUGGGAGACCCUCUGGGCUGAAGAGGAGGAGGAAGGCAGCAACCAGGCUGUCUAGGCUUGCUGAAGAGAAGGCUGCCAUUGUGCCUAAAAACCGGAGGCUGUGCCACUAGGGGUCAGCCCAGUUAGCCUGAGCUCUUUACCCCUUCCCAGGCUACCAGCCCUCAGCAGAGCAUCAGACAGAACCCCACACACAAGGAAGAUGGAAGAAAAGGACAUAAGUGGGGGGAAGUGGGGAGGGCGCCACACAAAGAGAACCCAGACUCUGCCACGACCCCUGGCCUGGCUACCUCGAAUGUACAGUUUUAUUAAUUUAAUCCUCUAUAAAGGCAAGUAUUAAAGACAAA